UACCCAGCACUCUGUGCAGGAGGACUCUGCCCUUUUCUACAAGGAGAGCACACAGGAGGGAAUGGCUGCUGUGUCUCCGACUGCCAGAUGCCAGGAAUCAGUGACAUUCGAGGAUGUGGCAGUGAUUUUCACAGAUGAGGAGUGGAGACAUCUAGUCCCUAAUCAGAGGGACCUCUACAAGGAGGUGAUGCUGGAAAACUAUAAGAUUAUUGUCUCAUUAGGACUUCCAGUUCCUCAACCUGACGUCAUUUUUCAGUUGAAGAGAGGGGAUGAGCCUUGGGUAGUUGAUCUUCACGGAUCUGAGGAGAGAGAAUGUCCAGAGAAUGUCUCUCUAGACCGGGAGACUAAGCCCGAGAUUCACGGUCCUUCAGAAGGAGAAGAAUCAGAAGGAAUGGGGAGGGGAAAGCUUCUAGGAGAAGUUUCCGUGUGUUCUAAAUUCGAUGCUCAUGCACUGGAGGGUGAGUUGGAAGCAGGGAAGGAGAGGCCUGCCGUCCAGACCUGCAAGAAGUCCCUUUCCCAGAAGGAAAGCUUGCAGCCGGGGUCUACCCCUCUCAAGAAAAUCCUCACUAAAGAGAGAGACCAGGAAUGCAGCCACUGUGGGAAGACCUUUUUUGACCACUCAUCCCUUACCCGCCACCAGAGGACUCACACUGGAGAGAAGCCCUAUGACUGUCACGAGUGUGGGAAGGCCUUCAGUCACAGGAGCAGUCUCAGUAGACAUCUGAUGUCUCACACGGGGGAGAGCCCCUAUGAAUGCAGUGCGUGUGGGAAGGCCUUUUUUGACCGGUCGUCCCUAACUGUCCAUCAGCGAAUUCAUACUGGAGAGAAGCCUUUUAAAUGCAGUGAGUGUGGAAAAGCCUUCUUCGACCGCUCAUCCCUUACUCGACAUCAGAGAAUCCACACUGGAGAAAGCCCUUAUGAAUGUAAUCAGUGUGGGAAAGCCUUCAGCCAGAAAAGUAUUCUCACUCGACAUCAGCUCAUCCACACCGGCAGGAAGCCUUACGAAUGUAACGAGUGUGGGAAAGCCUUCUAUGGCGUGUCAUCACUGAACAGACAUCAGAAGGCUCACACUGGAGAGCCUCACUAUCAGUGCAGUGAGUGCGGGAAAGCUUUCUUCGACCGUUCAUCCCUUACACAGCAUCAGAAGAUUCACACCGGAGACAAGCCAUAUGAGUGCACCGAAUGCGGGAAAGCCUUUAGCCAGAGAUGCCGGCUCACGCGACAUCAGCGAGUGCAUACAGGAGAGAAACCCUUUGAAUGCAGCGUCUGUGGGAAAGUGUUCAGUUCUAAGUCAUCCGUUAUUCAACACCAACGAAGUCACACUGGAGAAAGUCCUUACGGGUGUACAGAAUGUGGGAAAUCCUUUAGCCAGAAAAGCAUCCUUGCAUGCCACCGGCUCACUCACACUGGAGAGCGGCCUUACGAAUGCCAGGGGUGUGGCAAAGCCCUGGUUGACCGCUCCUCCCUCAUUCGCCACCUCAGAGCACACACGGGAGAGCGCGCUUUCGAAUGUCAUGAGUGCGCGAAAGUUUUCUUUGACCGCUCAUCCCUUAAACAGCAUCAGAAAAUUCAUAGUGGAGACAAGCCCUAUAAACGUAUCGACUGUGGGAAAGCCUUCCUCCAGAAGAGACCCUUUACUCAGCAUCAGAGUGCACACCGGAGAGAAAAACCUUGGAAGUGUAAUGAGUGUGAGAAAGCCUUUAGUUACUACUCAGCUUUUGUCUUGCAUCAGAGAAUUCACACAGGAGAAAAGCCCUACGAAUGUAACGAAUGUGGUAAAGCUUUUAGCCAGAGCAUACACCUUACUCUACACCAGAGAAUUCAUACUGGAGAGAAACCCUACGAAUGUCACGAAUGUAGGAAAGCCUUCAGUCACCGCUCUGCUCUCAUUCGCCACCAUAUCAUCCAUACUGGAGAGAAGCCCUAUGAGUGCAGUGAAUGUGGGAAGGCCUUUAAUCAGAGCUCAUACCUCACUCAACAUCAGCGAAUUCAUACUGGAGAAAAACCUUACGAGUGUAAUGAGUGUGGGAAGGCCUUUAGCCAGAGCACAUUCCUUACCCAGCAUCAGGUCAUUCACACUGGAGAGAAACCCUAUAAGUGUAAUGAAUGUGGGAAGGCCUUUAGUGAUCGAUCAGGCCUUAUUCAGCACCAGAGAACUCAUACUGGGGAGAGGCCUUAUGAGUGUAAUGAGUGUGGGAAAGCCUUUGGCUACUGUUCAGCCCUGACUCAACACCAGAGAACUCACACUGGGGAGAAACCCUAUAAAUGCAAUGAUUGUGCCAAAGCCUUCAGCGACCGCUCAGCCCUUAUUCGUCAUCAGAGAACACACACUGGAGAGAAACCUUACAAGUGUAAGGACUGUGGGAAAGCUUUCAGCCAGAGCUCAUCUCUUACAAAGCAUCAGAAAACUCACACUGGAGAAAAGCCCUAUAAGUGUAAGGAAUGUGGAAAAGCCUUCAGCCAGAGUUCAUCCCUUUCUCAACAUCAGAAAACUCAUGCUGGAGGGAAAACCAAAGAAUACGGAAAAGCCUUUAGUGAGCAUUCAGCCUUUGGCCAGCAAGAGAAUUCAUACUGGAUAGAGACCAUGUCGAUGUGGUACCUUUAGAACAUAUUUAGCAGACAAUUACUAAACGUCAUGUGAGGGCUACAAAUGAAGUUCAGAGUGUGUCACGCAAACAAUAUUGAGAAGUCAUUGCUGAUACAUAGUGUACUUAGGAUGUGAAGGAGGGGUUUGACAUUUUUCCAGUGCAGCAGAGGACUUUAAAUUUCCUCGGGGAAAGAGAAUGAUUAUUUCCAACACCCUAAGGUGUAUGUAAGCUUCCAAAUCCUUGGGAGAGAAACAGGGUGUGUGGUGAUGCAAAGAAGGCAUCUUGUCUGGGCUGGAUAGUCUCUUAAUGCUAAGGAGACGAAGCUUUAAAGAGAUGAGGGGUUCUUUAGGGAAAUUGCAGAGGCAGAAAUAAGAGAUUAAGAAUUCACAACAAGUUGGUCCAGGGUUGGGAGUGGCGGUGGAAGGGAAGUGGUCCUCAGGCUUAAGUACAGGGUCACUUAGGAGAUAGAUGAGAAGGAUCGAGAAAAAGAACUGGGGGAAUGAACUCAAGAAAUGUUGAUUGCGAUAACUACCCAAAUGAGUGCUCCCAACCAGGGAAAGUAUUAGAUGCGUUAGCUGGCCAGGUGCAGAGUUUCCACCCCGACACCAAGGAACGUCGGCGUGCCAGUCUGCUGCUGCACUCUUUGUCUCAGAGACCUUGCUUACUGAUUCACAGCCUGCUAAGAAUCGUACUAACUCCAGAGGUCAAGACUGACAGUCUAGAAAGAGAAGGUACAGAAGGGACCUUUGAUGUUUUCAGUCUAUUUUAAGCUACCUAUUUUAAGCUAAGUUACCUGAGGAUGUGCUUAUUUAUAAAGAUUUUACCUCAAUCGUAUGUAGUUUGUACUUUAGACUCAUUCAUA